AGCUAGAUAUUAUAGAGAUACACAUAUUUAGAGAGAGAAGAGAGAAAUGGAAAAGAAGAGUACUGCACAAUUGGGACUUGUGUUGUUUCUUCUUGUGGUUCUUUUGGUCACAACUCAAACUGAGUGUGCGCUUCCCUCUCCACAAGAAUCACUCUCGAUGAUUGGAUCAAGGAGGAGGUUGAUGAGUAGCUAUAAGACCAAUAGUGACAUAGAUUUUGGGGGAUCAAUCAGUGGACAAGCCGGUGGUGGUAUAAAUAAUCCCUAGCUUACGUCUCUCCACCAUCUUUCUGAUAGCUAUUGAAGUUACUUGGCCUUGUAUUCAUUAUCAUCUAUAAUGACAUGAAUGAAUAAAAAAGUUUAUCUUCCG